AUGGCAUUCCCAUUGCACCCCGCUUCUACACCCUCGUCCACAAGUCGUAUCAAUGCCGUAGAUGUCGAGAACGCCUUUUCCACUCCUCCAAAUGGCGGCAAUGCGUCAGACGCCAGGUAUCACCUGAACAGAGCACUGUCUCCACCAGAGAGAAGGGUCAAGCAUGUUCAGCGCGCUCAGUCCACACCUCCCGAGAUCACGCACACACAUCAAUACGGGACGCUGACCAAAUGCACGGAGGGCCAACUAUCAGAUGUCGCGUGUUUGGAACACUCUUGGCAACGUAUGCAAAUCUCAAAAAAGAGAAGCCAGUAUUACACUGAUGCAUUUUCAUGCCGCGAGUCGAACAAUACCGCCAAGGAACGAGUAGCAAAGGAUUCGAUCAUUCUGGCAGAGCUCAAGAUGAACUCUUGUGUCGAGCCGGAAAAGGAUUUCUUGAUCGACUUCUCAUUCCGUCUUUCCGAGAUCUACCAGCGUCCGCCCUCGUGCAUCAUGAUUACGCUCAAUACCGAUGUCACCAUGCUUCUGGCCGGGACUUCUGAACCGGCCUAUCAUCUCACAAUCGCCGCACUGCAAGCUGAGAUAGCCGCAACCAAAAACAAGAGAAGCACCCAUUUGAUACAGGAUUUCAUGCUCGACGCGCUUGAGAUCCAGCCAGCCAGAGGUGUGCUGCGGUUCGAGGCAGUAGCAGAAGAAAAUUUGGCAACCAACGGAAUGACUGCUUUGCAAGAAAUUGAGCAGCUUGAACGUCAACCCAACGACGACGACGGAAUAUUCAGGGCCUUGAGCCGUCAAAGGAGUAGGAGAAACAAGCAGUCCUGCGGGCCUAUUCUCACCGACAAAGUUCGGACAGCAUUCCCGUCCUUAAGAGCCAGUACGCCCUCACAUCAGCAGUAUAACUUCCUAGCUACUACCGAGAUCUUAACCAAAUCCACGGACGGAAGCAAUCCGGUCAGAAAGCGUGUCAAAACACGAAAGAGUAUAUUGUCAUUCUUCAGAAAAUGA